CACCACAAUGGCGGAUACCGUCCAAGACGAGAAGGCUUAUGGCUCCAGCGAGGACGCUAGCUCCCAACAGGCAGCUGAGGUCUUCGAACGUCCCACUGGCAUCAAGGGCUUUUACUACAACCCGUACACCCAGGUCGUCAUGCUCGGCUUCGUAUGUUUCAUGUGCCCCGGAAUGUUUAAUGCCCUCACUGGCCUCGGUGGAGGUGGUCAAGUCGACUCACGUACAUCCGCAAAUGCAAACUGCACAUUGUACUCGACGUUUGCCUUCUUCUCCUUCUUCGCGGGCACCGUAAAUAACAUGUUGGGUUCGCGUGUUACUCUCAUACUCGGAACCUGGGGUUAUUCCUUGUACAUCGCUGCUUUCCUAGCAGUCAACAUUCAUCCUGGUGCGGGUGAUUUUAUUACCACGGCCGGCGCUAUUCUCGGUGUAUGCGCAUCCCUCUUGUGGACAGCUCAAGGCUCUCUCAUGUUGGCUUACCCAACUGAGGCCCAGAAGGGAAGAUUCAUUGGUAUAUUCUGGGCCAUCUUCAACUUGGGAGCUGUCGUCGGUUCUUCUGUGGCACUCGGCACCAACUUCCACUCCACGGCUGGGAAUGUCGGAAACGGGACAUAUAUUGGUUUCCUCAUCCUCACUCUCAUCGGAGUGUGUAUCCCUUUGUUAAUGGCUGAUCCUAAAAAAAUGAUCCGUACCGAUGGCACCCGAGUCGCCCGCGUCCAACACCCAUCCUGGAAGCACGAGUUCUACAGCCUCUAUGUCGCACUCAAGGCAGACCCUAUGAUCCUCCUCCUCUUCCCCAUGUUCUUCGCCAGUAACUGGUUCUACACAUGGCAAUUCAACGACUACAACGGUGCUCUGUUCAACAUCCGCACCCGUGCUUUGAACAACUUGUUGUACUGGUCGUCGCAAAUAUUUGGUUCGAUCGCUAUCGGUCUUGUUCUCGACACACCACGACUCCGCCGUCGCGUUCGUGCUUUCUCCGGUUGGUUCAUUCUCUUUUGCAUGGUGUUCGCCGUGCAUGGCUGGGCAUACCACUAUCAAAAGGGCUACACCCGUGCGACAGCAACAGCGACGAUGGACAUGAACGACAAAGGUUACGCUGCUUAUGGCUGGCUCAUGAUCUUUUACGGUUUCCUUGAUGCCAUGUGGCAAACUGCUGCCUACUGGCUCAUGGGCGCGAUGUCGAACGACCCCUCUAAGCUCGCAGUGUUCACUGGUUUCUACAAGUCGCUCCAAUCUGCUGGAGCUGCUGGAAUCUGGCGUGCGGAUGCGGUCAAGCUUCCAUUCAUGAAUAUCUUUGCCUCCACAUGGGCUCUCACCGCCUCUGGCCUGCUCAUCGCUCUGCCGAUGGUGUACAUGCGUGUCAAGGAUUACACAGAAGAAGAAGAUCAGGUCUUUGAGGAAAAGGCCGAUGUAGUGGCCUGAUACUUUUUCGAUGUUUGUACGUUACUUUACGAUUCAAUGUUUUCUCUGAGCUUCUUCUCAUCGGACGAAAUAUCGCAAUAUUCUCUUUUUGUUGGGCAUCUGUAGUCAUCGGGUUUUGUCCUGUAAUUUCAUGUUAAUAAAGCCAUUACAGUAUU